AUGCGCAGUAUUAAUGUAUUUCAUCCCCACUCUCUGAAGACGGCGACCUUCAAGCGCAGUGUGCGUGCGUAUCUCGACCGUGAACUGGUCAGCCUCGAUCUCUUCCCAUUCACGAUGAUCAACGCUGUUCUGGUCUUCAAUAAUAACGGCCAACCGAGGCUGACCAAGUUCUACUCACAACUGGACACGGCGACACAGCAGUCUCUUCUGUCCCAGAUAUUCAACCUCGUAUCAGCUCGGCCAGCUUCUGCCUGUAACUUUCUGCCGCUUCCUCCCUUGUUGGCUCCCAGUGGCACGGGCACCAACACUUCACCCGAUGCACCAACCCAGAUCACCUAUCGCCAUUAUGCUACCCUCUACUUUAUAUUGAUCUCGACGUCCACCGAGUCUCCACUGGCGCUGCUCGACUUCAUUCAAGUAUUCGUCGAGGCCCUGGAUAGGCUAUUUGAGAAUGUCUGCGAGCUCGAUCUGAUAUUUGGGUUCGAGACUUUGCACGCAGUUCUCAGCGAAAUGGUCGUUGGGGGUGUUGUUAUCGAGACAAACCUGGAAAAGAUUGUUGAAGGUGUCAGAACAACCGAGGGAGUGAAGGGGAAGAGGAAGGCCGUCAAUGCUCGCGACUCUGGCAGCUCCAUAGGGAGAGGCACCGGAUUUGCUGGUCUUGGUUGGGCUACUGGUGGAGGAAGCAGCUGGAGAUGA